GAGAUUCGCGUCUGUAGCAGCUGAGCCACAAUAACACACACAGAGACACCGUGGGUCGAGAGAUCAGUGGUGGGAUGAGCUUCUGGGUUUAGGAUAUUUUGUGUUUAUUUCGUGUUUGUUUGUUUAUUUUGAGUUAGAAGUAGUUUGAGAGCUUGGUUUAAGGUCAGAUCAGUGAAUCAGACAGUUUGGAAGUGAAGCUUUUAUUCCCUCCGCGGAGCUUCGGGCAGUGAGGGCGGGCAGGCUGAGUUAGUAAGCCGGACUAGGGGUGAUCCGUCGGCGGCUGGAGCAGCAUGGCCGUGUCGCUGGUGAAAGCGUGCCGCAGCCUGGCUCUGUCGACGGGGCUUCUGUCCUUCUGCUUUGUCCACCUGCUGUGCCUGGACUUCACUGUGGCCGAGAAGGAGGAGUGGUACACGGCUUUUGUAAACAUCACCUACGUGGACCCGGUGACCUCCGAGCUCCGGACGGAGAAGACCGAGUGCGGGCGGUACGGCGAGCAUUCCCCUAAGCGGGAGGCCCGGGGCACCGUGCUGCUGCCCGCCAGCGGACACGACCGGCAGGCCUGCGACAGCGGCACCAGGUUCCCCGUCAGCCGGGAGCACCAGGGCCCCUGGAUCGCGCUUAUAGCCCGGGGGAACUGCACGUACCGGGAGAAGAUCCGGCUGGCAGCGAGCCUUAACGCCUCGGCUGUGGUCAUCUUCAACGUGGGCUCCAGCAACUCCAACGAGACCAUAACCAUGCCUCACCAAGGAACGGGAGACAUAGUGGCCAUCAUGAUCCCUGAGCCGAAAGGGCGGGAGAUUGCGGCCCUGCUGGAGAAGAACGUGAGCGUGAUCAUGCACAUCACUAUAGGCACACGCAACCUGCAGAAGUACGUGAGCCGCACCUCCGUGGUCUUCGUCUCCAUCUCCUUCAUCGUCCUCAUGAUCAUCUCACUGGCCUGGCUCGUCUUCUACUACAUCCAGCGGUUCCGCUACGCUAGCGCACGAGAUCGCAACCAGAGACGACUAGGAGAUGCUGCAAAGAAAGCAAUCAGCAAGCUGCAAGUGCGGACCAUCAGGAAGGGGGACAAGGAAACAGAGUCAGAAUUUGACAACUGUGCUGUGUGCAUCGAGACCUACAAGCCCAACGAUGUAGUGAGGAUACUGCCGUGCCGGCAUGUUUUCCAUAAGAACUGUGUGGAUCCGUGGCUGCAGGACCACAGGACCUGUCCCAUGUGCAAGAUGAACAUUCUCAAAGCUCUCGGCAUCCCGCCGAACGCAGACUGCUCUGAUGACAUUCCCCCCGACUACGAGCUGUCCCUGAGCAGCCCUCCCACUAACCCUGUGACGGGGGCCAGUGAGGUGACGGUCAGCGAGAGCUCUGUGGUGCUGGACCCUGCUGUCAGGACCGUCGGCCUGUCGCACAUCUACCCGGAUCCCGAUUCCCUCACACAGCUCACAGAGGGGCGACACAUCGCCAGCAGUGAGCACCAGCCGCCUCUAAGCAGCGAAUCGGACACUUCGCUCAUCUACCCGGUGGAAGUGAGUCUGUCUGACGUGGAGCUUUCUGCUGAAGCUGGUCAGGAGGAACAUGAGAAGUCCUGAGUGGAGAGUCUGCUCACUGCACACUGAGCUCACUGAGCUCGAGAGGGGGUUCCUGUGGAGCCGUGUGAGGAGUCGGACCAUGACGGUGUGGAAAAUAGAAUGGAAAUAGGAAAAAGAACAUAAGCAAUAUAGAAUCAACAACCAAUUCUGCAGCCUCCUUUAUCGUCCCCGUGCCCUCAUCAGCAUCAGCAUCAACAUCAACAUCAGCAUCAGCAUCAGCACAGUGCUGGUGGAGAUUCCUUCACCAAAAAAAACAAAGCAUACAAUCAAACAGCUUCUCUUUCCUCUCUCUUUCUAUUUCUCUCUCUCUCUCUCUCUGUGGCCACAGUCACACCAGGUUGGUUUUGUCUUCUCUACUAGUUUUACAGAAACUGAUGCAGAAAAAAAAAAGCACACAGAUCUGUACCAGAUCAGCUCCACGGACUCUGUGGAAAUGGAAAUGUUGACCUAAUGAUGACUGAAUUAAUUUCUUUGUGGGAUCACUGCCAGCAUUCGCAUAAUAUUCCAGACUUAAAACCUAAAUAAUCUAUAUAUACUGAGAUGUAUAGAUGUGAAAAACUUACUGCAAACUGCUGCAGCAAAAAAAAGCAGCUCAAGUGCAAUCCAGCCAGCAGCACCAAUGAACACCAGAUUCCCACAUUUUGUGAUACAGUGAAUUCUCAAAGUCUUUCUUUGAGAAUUUUCCUUUAAGACGACAACAGUGCUCAUAGUUUGCACGCUGGCUGCCUGCCUACCAUUCUAGCAUCCUUUAAAUUGGGCUGUGUCUACCAGCACUUUCGCCGUAGCAUCGAGACUCCUGUUAUUGUCCCGCCCCUUUACCCCCUCCUCCCUACAGAGUCCAGAUCCAAUAGUGUGAUUGGAGGAAAGUUGAGAUUUACCCAAGAGUAUGUCCAAACCAUUUUCGUAUCUCGAACUCAACCCAUGGAUUGCUUGUGGCUGGUGUUGAGCAGAACAUGUACAGUAUUCUAGUUAAUUGAACUAGUUAAACAAGCCACAUAAACAAGUGGCUCCAGCGUCUCUUAUACAACAUCCCGUGUCUUAGAGCCAAUUCUGUGUUGGUGGGGUGUUCAGAGAGCUGGGUGAUUGGGUGAUCGAACUUUGGGUUCAAUUUAAAGCAGUUUUCAUUGGUUUUUAGAUUAUGAGUGCUUUAAAAUGAGGCAGUUUGCACACCAACAUCACUGUCCAAAGAAACAUUCAACGAUUCACCUCCAAAAUGGAAAGUUUACAGAAGGAAAUGCGAGUUAAAGUAAUCUUGUAAAGUUAAAAGUUCAUCUUUAUCCCCAUACAUCUCUUUACAUUUACAAUUGUCUAUAGAGUUGCUCAAAUAACUAUUUGUAGCACCUUUAAUUUUAAAUUUCUUAAGAAAUUACAUGAAAUUCCAGGUAUAUUUCUGAUCAGAUUUUCUAUUUCCAAUUUCAGAUCAAGUUUAUGUUGGUUGAUACGUCAGGAAACUUUCAGUUGUUGAUCUUAACAAUUAAGAAAAAAUUAUAUGAUUUGUCUUUUUGGACAGUGAUGGAAUCAAGCCAUCCUUUUUGGCAGCAUUCUCUUUAAAAUAAAAUGUUCCAGAAAUACUUAUUUGGUGGAAACCUUUUUUAAAGGUUUAGGAACCCAUCCAAUAAGUAUGUUAACAUUUAAAACAUAUAUUGAGGCAGAUAACUAUGUUUUAAAAUAAGUUGCACAAGGUGCACAACAUGCAGUACCAGUUGAAAUCAAAACCGCUUUACGUUUUAAUUUGUAUAGAACCCUAUGUAAAGGUUCUUAUCAUGGUUCUGAUUCAAGUGUUUCAAGUGUCAAGUGUUUUUCAGUCUACAGCAGAAAUAAAAGGGGUGGCCUCACUGUUUCAGUGCUUUUGGAGAGCACUGUAGUUUAAGUUAAAUACCAAUUAAAACCAAGAAUCUUUGAGGAACCUUUAUUUUUAGGAGAACCCCCCCCAACCCCCACCACUACUACCCUUUUUCCAGAUUCUCCUCACUCUAUGACUCUUAAGUGAAGGUUUACUACUGUAAACUGCGUAGUGUUCUCUGAAGUGCCACCUCACCGCGAGUGAAGGCGAGUUUGCCCGGCAUUCAUCCCGUCGUGCCAUGCCAGAUACAGGUCUCUCCUCAGAAUGGAAAUUAAAUUCUCGGGUUUGAGGACGUUUUGAGGAGUUACAGUCACUGAACCGAUGGAUCCGAACGUCUGGUGUUUCUUUCCAAAGUGUCCUCACUAAUAGAGGAUCAAUAGAGCUGCUUUAUAUAAAAAAAGACCCCUUUACUUUAAACACCAGUCCAGUUCAAGCACUUGGACUGUAUGUGUAUAAAUAUAAAUAUAUAUAUCCAUAUAUUUCAGAAAUGUGCCCAUAUAACCCUCUUUUUGAUAUGCGAGCAUGUUAGUGAAUGAGUGGAUUGCUCUCAGCAAAAGUCACAGAAAUCACAAAUCACUUUUUAUUGCACAUCGACUUUACAGGAGAGCGAAAGAAAGUCUUAACGGAGGAUUUUAUUUUAAUAUCAAAGUUUAUUUUUCUAAAAAAUCUAUAUAAUCGAAUAAAAACCAAGGAAAAUAACAGACCCUGUUUACAGCUGGUAAAGAUUUAGGAGAUAUUCUAGCUAUUCUAAUUAUCUAAUUAUAUUAUUUCCCCCCACUUUUGUUUUGUUUCGUUUGAACGUCUUUCCUGAGUAGGAAUUUGAAUUAUUUUUAAAAUUUAAGCCCAAAGGUAACACUGUUUAUGUGUGUGUGUGUGUACUAUUUGUGUGUCUGUAUUAUGUUCCCGUUUGAAGACGUCUGCGUGUGGAGAAUGAGACUGGAAACGCUGUUCCUUCGUAGCAGACGUGCCCUUAUCCCGACCUGCAGGAGCUGUUUAAUAAUCAUAAGCCUUUCCUGGAAAAAAAACAAACUCAUUUCUCAGUGUUGAUUUAUUUUGAAUGUUUGAACCUUUGACUUUUGGAAGCCCUCGACAAGCGAUAAGCACACGCGUAAUCCCUGUUCCUGACAGCCGAGGGCAUUCACGUGCACACCAGAAUCUUUCUUACUUAGUUUUUUGUUUAUUUGUUUGUUUGUUUGUUACAUAACACUAACCAAAGCGAGCUCGAGCUUUUUACUUUUCACACCCCGAUUUCUGAAUGUUUAUUUCGUCUGCUUUAAUUUUGUAAUUUUUUUUCUGCUUUAGGUUUGUGUAAAUACGAUGUAUCAUUUCACUCGAGAAGUGCUAAAACAGGACUGAACUGAGAUCAGUUGUGAGUGCUGGUGUGUGGAUGUGAGUGUGAGUGUGUGAGUGUAUAAUAAGGGGCCAUGUAGCUGCUGUGCUGGUGAUGAUUGUGUUUAACAUAAGCAGCAUUACAGGAUGUGAGAAUUAGGAUUUGUUUAGCUCCUUGGCUCCCCCUGCAGGUGGGAGACUGUAAUUUGCUGCAUCCCAUGAUGCAUUAUUAUUAUGGGUAGCACUUUAUAAUAAUUUUCAUUAAUAUAUUUUUUAACUAAUGAUCAGUAGAUGUGAACAAAGCAGUAGUUCAUCAGAAUUUGAUUAUUAACAAAUGCUCACACAUGCCACUUAUUUAUCAGCAUGGAUAUUCAUAUUAAAAAUGUUAGCAAAUCAUUAGCUCAUCAGAAUUUGGACAUUAAUAAAUCGCUAGUAAAUACGAAUUUUUAACCGGGCAAAUGUUUAUCAAUUGCAGUUCAUGUUGCAAAUGCGUUCAUUAGUAUUUACAAAUGUGAUAGCAACUUUUUAGUUUCUAAAAAUGUGACAAAUAACAGUUGUUAUAAAGUGUUACCUUAUUAUGAUACAUUAUGCCCACAAUCGUAAUAUCACAAUACUAAUGCAAUUUUGCGAAGCUUAAUUAAAAAAUAUCUGAAGUAAUUAAAGAGGCUUGUAAUGUGAACACUGACUUAGUUGCUAAACCGCUUUCCUGUACCCUGUAUCUAAAUAGACAAGUUUACAGAAAAAGGGGGGAAAAAACAUAAUUUUUAAUAGAAGUCACUGUGAAAAGAUUUGGUUUCAAGUUAUUUUGCUGUAUUUCUAUUGGCCCAUUCAUUAUGAACUAAUUCUGAAUAAUAAAACAAAGAAUAAUUAAUUCAACGUAUUCACAUCAUGUAAAAAAGAAUGGAAAGUCGUAUAAAUGUAAAAAUCUGUAAUAUUACUCUAUAUUACUCUACCAACUAAGUCCACAUAAUUCUCUCACUUCAGAUGCAGCUUCCGUAUCUCCCAGCUUGUCCAGGAAUGCAUGUAAAAGUAAAAUGUAAUUUUACUCCCCACCCUUAGGGGGAGCCAGGAGCAACAAAAAAUACUUAACAAAAAAAACACAGAAAUUAUCACAUAAUGCUGCUCUAAGAUGAAAAAAUUGCUACAAAGUGUUUCUUUAAACAGAUGGUAUAAAAGGGUGUAGCAGGUUAUUAAGUGAAGUGUUCCUUCAGUCGGUCAGAAAAAAGCACAAGCUUUUAUAAAGUGUUACUCAAGAUCCAGCAGUUCACUCUGCAUUGAUUUUACACUCACAUUUAAUUACUCUUUAAUUUAUGUUCAGUAUAAAACCAGCUUUGUAGAGCAGCGUUUCUCAACCCUGGUCCUGGAGGGCCACUGUCUGCUAGUGCGUUUUAUUGCUUUUCUGAUUUAGCACAUUCACUUAAACUAGAAAUACUCAAUAAUGAGUAAUAAAGGCUGUUAAUGAGCUGAUUAAUUGGAUCGAAUGUGUUUAAAUGAGAAGGUAAAGCUCUAAGAAGUGCAGGGCAGUGGGUUGAGAGAUGCUGAUUGUAGAGGGAUUCUUCAUUUCAAUGUGACAUUAUUUGAUAUUAUUAUUAUUAUUGUUCCAUUAUUUUUGUAUUAUUGUUAUUAUUGUGGUGCUAAUUGUCUGUAAUUUAUUUUGUAUAGCUAAUGCUUAGCGCAAUCAUUUCUAUAAUUAUUAUAAUUUUUUUGCUUCAGGCCCGGCUUUACAGACAGCAGGCCUUGCAUUAGGCUUACUGUGUGUCCAGAAAACCAGCCUUUUGUGUGCAGUAGAGCCAAUAUGAGGUCAAUAUAAGGGAAUUUGUAGCAUCUACAUUUACACGCUUUAUUUGUGUGUUUUUAUUAGUUUCGGAUUUGUCCAGGUUUUGGUGCAUCCCGGUGCUGUUAGGUCUUUACAUGGACACUUUAAUUCCAGCAGGGACUGUAACCUUCAGCAUACGUUUCCCAUAAUACUCUACACUUUAUCUCCGCCCAGUGCUUUGGAAUUCCCAUAAGCAUGUUUGCAGCACAUGCAAGCUGUGAGUGAUGUAUCUACAGAUCUGUCAGUCAAUUUGUUCUUCAUCCUCUUAGUGUUACAGCGAAGGAGCUACUAAACAUAGUCCCGAGGGUUUGACUGUAAAGGAAUGGUUUGGUGAAAAAUAAAAAUGUUACAUUAAUUACUUUUAAUUUGACAUAUUUAUUUAUUAGUGCAUCUAAAAAAAAAAUACAAUAUCAUUGCAAAGUUAUUAUUUUAUUUUAGUAAUUUAGUUUAAAAUGUGAAACUCAUAUAUUAUAUAGAUGUAUUACACACAGAGUAAUCUAUUUUAAGUGGUUUUUAAUUUCUUUUAUUGUUGAUGAUUAUGGCUUAAAGCCAAUAAAAAAACAAAAAAAUCAGUAUCUCAAUUUGUACUUUUGGCAGCAUGCCAAGUCUUGCUGGAAAAAUGAAAAAUCCACACCUUCCUUCUGCUGACAACUUUUAUGAAGAUGCGGAUUUCAUUUUCCAGCAGGACUUGGCACACUGCCCACACUGCCAAAAGUACUAAUUGGUCUUAUAUAAUAUUCUAAUUUUCACUGAUUCUGUUUUUUUUUUUUAUUAUUAUUUAUUGGCUGUAAGCCAUAAUAAUCAUCAACAAUAAAAUAAAUAAAAAGCUUAAAAUAGAUCACUUUGUGUGUAAUACACCUAUAUAAUAUCGGAGUUUCACAUUUUGAACUAAAUUACAGCAACUUUUCAAUGAUAUUCUAUUUUUUUGAGAUGCACUAGUAUUUUUUUUUUGUCUGAAUGUUGUUUCUUCAAUUUAGCGCUGGAGCUGCAAAGCUAAUUUUGCUAACUUAACACUAGAAGUCAAUAGUGAGGUAAACCUGUUUUCUGUAACACUUUUCUCCAUCUGUUCAAACUUCAUUAAAGUCUUAAUAAAGUCUUGUUUACAUGGUUUAAAGCACAACCUCACUCACUGUAACUCAAAUACAGUAUAACCACAUUGCAUAACUUAGAUAAAAGGUGAUAUGCUAAAUUCUGACUCCAUCAUAGAAUAUGAGUCCUAUUUGUAGGAUCAAAGCUGCAUUCACAUGGUAGUUAAAAGAUUCUGCUUUCCACUUCCCAGUUUUUAUGGUCAGAGUUUUAAAUGGAAAAUGGCAGAUGCAAGGUUUCUUCUGACCAGUUUCUUAGGCAAAUGAAAAAUGGAAGAUGUUUUGAUUGCAUUUUACAUCAAAAAAUUACACUAUAAGAUUGUCAGACCAGUUGUGGUAAACUCCAAAGUCUUCAGCUGAUUUUUUAAAAUGUAUUUAUUUAGCUUCGUAUUUAACAUUAGCUUCAUAGCUCCAGUGCUAAAGUACCGUAUAAAAAUCGGACUGAAUCUGAGGUGGAUUUUUUUUAACUGAACCAUUCCUAGCAGACCUGCUGGACUAUUAGCCUUUAAUGCUACAUGUGUUCUGAACAGCUAGCGUUCAGGUGAGCCUGAGAAUGAAAGGGUUUCUCUGCUAGUGAAUAAAAAACACAGAGCCCAGCUUUGAGCUCGGGGUAUUGCCCUGUUAUUUCAUGAUCACCCUCUUGCCUUUCCUCACUCAAAUGUCAGUGUGUGUGUGUGUAUGUGUGUGUGUGUUUUGCGACUGUGUGAGCUUGUUCUACCCUACACUCUUAAAAAUAAAGACAAAAAUGAGUUCUUUGGAGUGUGAAGUCAUAAAGAAACCACUUUUGGUUUGUUAAAGAUCGUUUUAACUAAUGUUUCUUUAAAGUUUAACCUCAAAUAAUACUGAAUACUGUAAACUGGCAUAGUUUAGCAACUAUGAUAGAUAUGGAGUUUUUAAUUGUUUAUUUUAUUUAUUUUAUAUUGAUUAAUAAGCACAAACAAAUUACAAUCUUUCAACAAGACAUUGCAAAACCCCACAUUGCUCAUACAGUGAUGAAGGUGGAUUAAGAAAUGAAGAAUUUCAGGGCAUGUUACAACAGCACAAUUACCGUAACCAGUCACCAUUAAACUAAGAUCUCAUUAAGAACUUGUGGGACUGUGUUGGCAAUGUCUCAAUAUGAAAGCCACAAAUAGGACAACAGGUUUACAGAAACAGUGUGAGAAAUGUGGGAAGAAACACAUUAGAUAUAAUGGAUUUUAUGGUGUGUAUUAAUCACUAGAAAUAAAAAUAUUUGAGCAAUUCUUUAUCAGAGCCAGUGUAGCUAUAAUUGUUCUAUAUUAAAGGUGUCACCCUGGGUUCCUUCUUUUCAGAUUAAAAGCUCAUUUGACAUGCCAUAUGUUAUGAAACACAGUGGUUAGCACAUUCGCCUCCUGGCGCUGGGAGCCUGGGUUCAAAUCCCUAUCUGUGUGGGUUUCCUCCGGGCACUUCACCACUUUUACAGGUGUGGGCAAUCUCAAGCGAUUACCUGAGGUAACACUUGAUCACUUAUCAGUUUACACACUGCUAUCCCGUGACUUUUGGCAUGUGGAUGUAUGUCUCUAGCCUUAGCUGGGAUGGUAGUGUUCUCUGAAGAGAAGCCCUGCAGGUUGAAAAUGGAGCUGCUCUACUUUAUAAAUAAAUAAUCAUAAUCAACCAUUUUUCACUAUUUUAAUUUUUGUAUUCAUGAAAUAAAAUGAAUUAAUAUUUACACCAUUAGUCACUUUUACUAAUCGACUAAAUAUUCCAAAAGGUAGUUUUCAUAGCUCAGAAACCCAUCUUUUGGACAAUAAAGUUGACAAGCAAUCUUUUUAUUUGUUUGUCUUCUUUUUUUGUCCGUGAGAGGAUGUUUUAAAACUCAUUACCCAACCCACUUAUUUGGACUCCCCCUAUCACUAGUGAUGCCCCACUAGUAAGGGAUAAAGGGAGCAAGGCCAAUUGUGCUCUCUCAGGGCUCUGGCAGCUGAUAGCAAGCUGCAUGACCAGGAUUUGAACCAGCGAUCUCCCGAUAAUAGUGGCGGCGCUUUACUGCACUGCACUUAGUACUACUCUGAGCUCCCAAGAUGCUUAAUUUUGAGCUUAAUUAUUUACAGCUCCGCACUGUGGUGACUAGUGGAUGUUCUGGUCGAUUAGUUGAGUAGUUGAUUAGUCUAUGCAACUUCUAUUUGCAAAAUUAAAGAUAGUAACUUCCAAAAUUUCAGUAAAAAGGGCUCAGUUAGCAAGUCGUUCAUGAGUUGAGAGGGACAAUGCAAAUCUCUGCAGAGCUGUGACUUGGAAGGAACCCAGUUUGACAUAAGUUCACCCAGUUGAAAGAGUUUUUCCUCUGUACAAACAUCUAAGCCAAGAACCAUUUAAGAAGCUUUAUUUUUAAGAGUGUAGCUGAUCUUUUGGUCCUCUACAGCUUGACCUUUUUCCAAGAUGGCGGAUUUGAAACCUUUUGAUAGCAUUUCAAGGCUCUAUAUUGUGAGCCCCUUGUUCCUACCCUCCUGGAAAGCACUUUAUCUCCUUACUGGAGAGGCUGACACGUGAAACACACAAUAAUAAGCUCGUCAGGGUGAUUGCUUUACUUUACAACACUACAGCAGUUGUAAGUUGUAAGAGGGCUAUUGGAUCUCGUAUGGCACAACUUCCCCUUAAAAUAACCAUAGGUUCAGGAUUGUUACUGAAAAUGAAGGUUAUAAUAAAGUAUCCAGCCAAGUUCAACAGUAUUGCUGUUUUGUUAUCUAGAGGACAAUGUAAAUACAUCCAGCCAUCUUGUUAUACUGUUCUAGUUCAAUGUUGCACGUGUUUGAGUCUAUGAUUGUGAGGUACAAUAAAUUUUAUUGCAAGUUUUUUUUCAAA